CCAAACCGACCCUCUGCUGUAUCGCCGGCAUUUAGCUGAGCCCAGCAAGUAAGAUGCGGUCUCCGUACCUUUUUUUCUUUCUUGUUGGUUCGCUAAGGGGGAGGGAAAAAAAAAAAAAAUGGUACCCGCCUUACGAGAUGGCCACCAGGGAUGGUACGACCAAAGCGGCGUAGGCGAGAUCCUUGAAACCAUCACCGCGCUGAGCUGAGCUGAGCGAUGGGUUGGUUGGGACAUUGUGGGUGGACGGCAUGGAGCGAGCAAGCAAAGGAGCAGCCGCAGCAGUACUCCAUCAUGAAGUGAGGUAGGUAUGGGGGAAUUUUUUAUAAAAGUAGACAGCCUCUCCUCCGUCGAGAUGGGAUUUUGGUCCUCUCUUUCCUCCUCACCGGUCUCUGCCAUCCUGUCAUUGCUUGCAUAUUUGUUUUCUUUUUUUCCCCCUCUUUCUUUUCUCUUUUCAUUGUUUCCUAUCUGUCGCUCUAUCUUGAGCUUCCAUUCUCUGGAGAAACUGAGUUUAUCUUGCCUUUUUUUUUUUUUACCAUAUACUUGUUUUUCUUUACACCCGGAUUCGCUUCUCAUAUCUCGUGUCUUUGUUACAGUGUUUGUUCAAGUUUUCUUUUAUCACUUUAACCAACCGUCAAGAUGCAGCUCACUCUUACUUCACUCCUUUUCGCCCACUCUGUGGCUGCCGCUGCCGUGGCCUCCCCGGCCCCGGCCGCGGCUGCUCCCGGUGCAGAGCCCGAGGUUCUCCGGGCCGUGUACAAGCGGCAAGUCGUGGUAGCCACCUCGCUCGUUCCGGCCAAGAAGGUCAGCCUCUUGUACGGUGGCGCUGGCGGCUCGUCCGCGCCGGUCCCCAUCAGCAGCGGUUCCCUCUUGGCCGGAGCCCCGAAGGCGGCUGCCGGUACGCCGGGCGGCACGUCGGCUUCGAUCGACGGAAACAUGAAGCUGCCGUCGGUGGUCCUCGAGACCAUCCCGACCAUCAAGGGCGUCUCGUGCGCCACCAAGGGGUCGGUCAUCAUCCCCUUCACCUCGGCGGCGGACUUUGCGUCGGCCAAGAAGCAGUGGCCGGCCAAGGACUUUGUGGUCAUCACGACUAGCGAUGGCAGCUGUGCGGCCGACGGCCAGCGCGGCUUCUACUCGGUCAGCGCCCUGGCCUUUGACGACAAGACCACGACGGUCACGGCGACGGCGGUGGUGGCGGCCAUCAAGGACGUCAUGAACGACGCCCAGGUGCAGUGGAAGACCACGCCCGGCGGCAAGGGCAAGCGCAGCCUCGACAUCCCCCUGACCAUUGACCUGUCGGGCAAGACGCUCGUCAACAAGGGCCCCUUCUCCAUCACGGCGGAUGUGGCCAAGUACACCGGAGACAUUGGCAUCAGCGGCAGCCUGAGCUUUGACUUUUUGAAGCUAAAGCUGGGUUCCAUGUCGGUCGACCUCGACUACAAUUCGGCCCUGGCCCUGAACCUGACCACGGCCAUCACCGCCACCAAGGACACCACCGAGAGCCUCAAGUUUGAGCCUCUCGAUGCCACCGCCUCUGCCUUUUCCAUCCCCGGCAUUCUCGACGUCGGCCCGCUCAUGUCGUUCGGCCUCGGCGUUGAGCUGUCGGCUUCGGGCACCGUCAAGGUCAAGACGGGCAUCCUGACCACGUUUACCGACAGCAAGGUCCACCUCGACUUCCUCGACUCCAAGUCGUCGACCGCCACCGGCUGGAAGCCCGUCACCACCAUGGACAACACCUUUAGCGUCGACGCCAGCCUGCAGGUGAACCCCUUUGCGGAGCUGACGGUCGGCAUGGGCGUCAAGGCCUUCUCGGGACUCGUGGACCUGACCGCCUCGGUCGCCACCAAGCCCACCCUCGUCAACUCGUUCAACGCCCACGCCGAGGUCACCAGCACCUACAAGAGCGACACCGGCAUCACCUUCACCGCCCCCAAGAACGUCGCCAAGGACUGCAAGAACGGUGCCUGGUUCGCCAGCAGCCUGCAGUUUGGCGUCACCGCCUCCAUCGGCACCCUCAGCACCGACCUCUUCUCCACCACCGUCCCCGUCUUCCAGAGCCAGUGCUUCAACUUUAACCUCAUCAAGCGCGACGACCUCCCCGCCACCCCUGCCCUUGGUCGCCGUGCUUUGACGUGCGUGACACAAAGCGUGGCUGACCCCCUGAAGGCUGUCGGUGUUGGUGGAUAA